AAGGUGGGGAUGCAUAGGGGCCGCGCGACGAGAUCUGUGAGCCGGACGAUUUAGAUGGCCAGCCCGGUUUCGACACAGGGGCAUAUGAGUCAUUCGGAGGUGAGGAGAGGAUGUUUCUGCAAAUUCUCGCUUUUCAUUCCCCGGUCACAUCUCUCUUCUGUGGAUGCUGAGGACGGAGGUGGACAGGUAGAGUUCCAUCUCAUCUCAUCAGGCAAGAAGGACCCCUAAGACUUGUGAUCUCUGCAAACUUCUACGGGAAGCACGCUCCUUUCCAUCAGCCGAGAGGAACCCUAAAUCUGCGAUCUUUGGAAACUAGGUAGGGGACGGGAGAUUUCCGGGGAUCAAUUUUCCGUCUGCGCUAGCAACGUCCUUUGAUCGCACUCGCUGCCGCGAUUCGUGCUAUGAAAACCCUAUAUUGACUGGGGUUUGGAUUCCUAUCGUCUUGUGCUUAAAAAGAUUGGAUCUUUCUGUGGAUUGUUUGUUCGGCGAUCUUUUACCUAAAUUUCUCUACUGCAUUUACUAAUGGGGAGAAGUGAAGAAUUUAUUCAGAUCAAUGAAGCACAUCCACUCUGAUAUUUACCUAGUAGUUAUAAACCCGAGUGUUCAGAUUGAUGGCUUCCAAGACAGUUUCCAAACCUUUCAUGGAACAGCAACACAAGAUACCUGAUGUUCAAGUUCUAGAAAAAGCUGCUUUGCAGCCUCCUCCUUUACGGGUACCUAACACAAACAAAUUGGAAUCUGAUACACCAAGAAAGUUGCCAAAGUCUGUGCUUCAGAGCACAUCAGAGCAUAAAACCGAAGAAGUGUUGGUGGACCAAAUUUUGAAUCACCAACCAAAGGAGUCUUAUAACAUUUCAACUACUAAAGUUACCGUAAAGGUUGCCAAAUCUCUAGAUCAUGGUGUCUUGGUCGCAUCCUCCAAUAAUCCGAAGCAAUCCGGCCGACAGGCUGAUUCUGUGGACGGCACAGAGACUUUGGAUGCCAGCAGAUCUCAAGAAAAGAAAAACUUAGAGCAGUGCAGUGAGAAAAAUAGCUCAUCUUCUGCCAAAAUCAGUGAUGGCACUUGCAGUUUGACAAAAACUAGUGGGAGUGCCAAAAUAAGUGAUCGGAUUGAUAGCGGCAAGAGUAGUAUGUGCAGAGCUAGUACAAGCAGUGAUGUUAGUGAUGAUAGCACUUGUAGCAGCAUAAGCAGCAGCAUUAGCAAGCCUCACAAAGCAAAUGAUUCAAGAUGGGAAGCAAUUCAAGCUAUGAGGGCGAGAGAUGGGGUUCUCGGUUUGAGCCAUUUCCGGCUAUUAAAAAAGCUGGGUUGCGGAGAUAUAGGCAGUGUGUAUUUGUCAGAGUUGUGUGGGACUAAGUGUUAUUUUGCAAUGAAGGUCAUGGAUAAAGGAUCUCUAGCUAGUCGUAAGAAGCUGCUCAGAGCCCAGACAGAAAGGGAGAUAUUGCAAUGCCUGGAUCACCCAUUUCUUCCAACAUUGUAUACGCACUUUGAGACAGACAAAUUUUCCUGCUUGGUGAUGGAGUUUUGUCCUGGAGGAGAUUUGCACAUACUCAGACAGAGACAGCCUGGAAAAUAUUUCUCAGAACAAGCUACCAAAUUUUAUGUAGCAGAGGUUCUCCUUGCUCUGGAAUACCUGCACAUGCUGGGUAUCGUCUACCGUGACCUCAAGCCUGAGAAUGUGCUUGUUCGAGAAGAUGGCCACAUCAUGCUCUCUGAUUUUGACCUCUCACUCCGUUGUGCUGUUAGCCCCACCCUCAUCAAAUCCUCCCACCUCAACUCGGACUCCAAACGUAGUAAUCCUCUCUACUGUGUUCAACCUGCUUGUAUCGAACCAUCCUGUGUCCAGCCUUCUUGUGUGGCCCUCUCCCCUCGAUUAUUCUCCUUGAAGUCGAAGAAGGAGCAGAAACAGAAGGUUGAAACUGGAAAACAGGUCAGUGCACUUCCAGAGCUCAUUGCGGAGCCUACCGAUGCGCGGUCAAUGUCAUUCGUUGGUACCCAUGAGUACCUGGCUCCUGAGAUCAUCAAGGGGGAAGGGCAUGGUAGUGCUGUCGAUUGGUGGACGUUUGGCAUCUUCCUCUAUGAACUUUUGUUUGGAAAGACACCCUUUAAGGGGUCAGGCAACCGGGCUACACUGUUUAACGUAGUUGGGCAACCACUGAGAUUUCCCGAGUUUCCAGUUGUGAGCUUUGGUGCUCGAGAUCUUAUCAGGGGAUUGCUUGUUAAAGAGCCACAACACCGGCUCGCUUACAAGCGUGGGGCUACGGAGAUAAAGCAACACCCAUUCUUCGAGGGUGUUAACUGGGCUUUGAUAAGAUGUGCAAGUCCACCCGAGAUCCCAAAGCCAUACGAGAUUUUUCAGCCCCCGGGGGUUGUAUCAUCGGCAAUCCAGAAGGACGCCACCGCCUCCGAGAAAAGUUCUGAUAACUACCUGGAAUUUGAUUUUUUCUAGCGAGUUUUCAGAGACAGUGGAGUUUAUCGUAUUUGUGUAUCGGGCCAUGAGUAAGAGUUCCUGAAUGCCACAAGGAUCUUAGCGAUUUGCUGUACAUCUUCUGGUUCUCAAUGUGGAUGUCGUUGUCCCAAGCCAACUGUUUUGGCUUUUAAAUCUGUAACCAAAUGAAUGUAGAGGAGGUGUCAUAUUUUCUGUGAUGGUAAUGUCAAGGCCUUGGCCAUCCAUUUUUCACUGAA